AGUGCGUAACAUCGUCUCGUGCGCUAUCCCUCCUGUCGGGAUGUACGUUAUGUCUUUGUAUUUAAUUUUUGUGGUUACAGAUAGUUAUUGAAUCUCUGCUUUUCAUAUAUUUCAAUGGAAGCAUAAGGAUAGGUGACACGUGAGGGACCCAAGGUUGUAUUUUCUGUGCAUGGACGGAAAGCCAAUGCGCAGGGGUACUAGCACACGGCCAGACACCACCGGAAUGGACAUCACCAGUCGCUGCACACUGGGAGACCCCAACAAGCUCCCCGAGGGUGUGCCUCAGCCUGCCCGGAUGCCUUAUGUGUCAGACAAACACCCCCGUCAGACACUGGAGGUCAUAAACCUCCUCCGCAAGCACAGAGAGCUUUGCGAUGUGGUGCUGGUGGUUGGCGCCAAGAAGAUUUAUGCUCACCGAGUCAUCCUGUCUGCCUGCAGUCCCUAUUUCCGAGCGAUGUUCACCGGCGAGCUUGCCGAGAGUCGGCAGACAGAGGUGGUCAUCCGCGACAUUGACGAGCGGGCCAUGGAGCUGCUCAUUGACUUUGCCUACACUUCACAAGUCACAGUGGAGGAGGGGAACGUGCAGACUCUGUUGCCAGCUGCCUGCUUGCUGCAGCUGGCUGAGAUCCAGGAAGCUUGUUGCGAGUUCCUUAAACGCCAGUUGGAUCCUUCUAACUGCCUGGGAAUCCGCGCCUUUGCUGACACGCACUCUUGCCGAGAACUGUUACGCAUUGCAGACAAGUUCACACAGCACAACUUCCAGGAAGUGAUGGAAAGUGAGGAGUUCAUGCUACUCCCAGCCAACCAGCUGAUUGAUAUUAUCUCAAGUGAUGAGCUGAAUGUACGCAGUGAGGAGCAAGUGUUCAAUGCAGUUAUGGCCUGGGUAAAAUACAGCAUUCAAGAGCGUCGACCACAGCUGCCACAGGUUCUCCAGCAUGUCCGACUGCCGCUGCUGAGCCCCAAAUUCCUGGUGGGCACCGUGGGCUCUGACCCGCUCAUCAAAAGUGAUGAGGAGUGCAGAGAUCUGGUCGAUGAGGCAAAGAACUACCUUCUUUUGCCCCAGGAACGACCCCUAAUGCAAGGUCCACGGACACGGCCUCGGAAGCCCAUUCGAUGUGGAGAGGUCUUGUUUGCAGUGGGAGGUUGGUGCAGUGGCGACGCAAUCUCCAGUGUGGAACGCUACGACCCCCAGACCAAUGAGUGGCGCAUGGUGGCUUCCAUGAGCAAACGCCGAUGUGGUGUAGGAGUGAGUGUCUUGGAUGAUCUUCUGUAUGCAGUUGGGGGCCAUGAUGGAUCUUCUUACCUCAACAGUGUAGAGAGGUAUGACCCCAAGACAAAUCAGUGGAGCAGUGACGUGGCUCCUACGAGUACAUGUAGAACCAGUGUAGGGGUGGCUGUGUUAGGAGGCUACCUGUAUGCUGUUGGGGGUCAGGAUGGAGUCUCCUGCCUGAACAUUGUGGAAAGAUAUGACCCAAAAGAGAACAAGUGGACACGAGUGGCUUCGAUGAGCACCAGGCGACUGGGUGUGGCAGUGGCUGUUCUGGGAGGUUUUCUGUAUGCUGUAGGGGGCUCGGAUGGAACAUCCCCCCUCAACACGGUGGAGAGGUACAACCCCCAGGAAAACCGGUGGCACACAGUGGCCCCCAUGGGAACACGCAGAAAGCACCUGGGCUGUGCAGUCUACCAGGACAUGAUUUACUCUGUGGGUGGUCGGGAUGAUACCACAGAGCUCAGCAGCGCCGAGCGCUACAACCCUAGAACCAACCAAUGGUCCCCUGUAGUUGCCAUGACGUCGAGGCGCAGUGGAGUGGGUUUGGCAGUAGUAAAUGGGCAGCUGAUGGCUGUUGGAGGCUUUGACGGUACCACCUACCUCAAAACAAUUGAGGUGUACGACCCUGAUGCUAAUACGUGGAGGCUCUAUGGUGGCAUGAACUAUCGACGACUGGGUGGCGGCGUAGGUGUAAUUAAAAUGACACACUGUGAAUCACAUAUAUGGUAAUUCCCAAGGUAUUGCCCCAAUAGUUUGUGCUUCCCUCAAAGACACUGUAUGUCAUACAAGCAACGACUGUAUACUAUAAUCCAUCUACCACGAUUCAACUGAGGACAGGAUCUGGGGUCUCCUUGGAGCAGCUCUUUGCUCUGCUUAUUCUGCACAAGUGCACAUCUGGGAAUAACCUAUCAUCCCAUCUAUACUACCUUGGUCUGAAGGGAACAUUCAGCUUCUAACCACUACAUUGUCUUAUGUUCCAGCCACACAUACACAAAGGUUCACAGUUAGUCUCUUGGCCAUGGUUACAUUUUUUAUGUAAUAGAUCUACAUUUUUCGUGCGGGUUGGUUACAAUUCAGCUGCAUUGCAAAAGAAUAGUGUGAGGGAAGGUUUUCCCCUGCUGUCCUGUGCUGCAGUGCUGAAUGUCACUUGACACCUGUCUUUUUCACAAUAUCAUCCAUAGGGGAUACUUUAUUUAAACUCACUUACUUGGAACCUAUUGGGUGCUCAUUGAUUCAUUAUUUUACUGAAAAAUACAUAUAUUUUUUGCCACUGUGCAUAAGCUGGGGGGUCAUUCUGGAAGUGAAGCUGUGAGCCACAUUCAAAAUUGGGCAAAAUAGUGGUUGGGCCUUAUGAAUAACUACUUGGUGUAGUAUUCUCAUGUUAUUUCAAGACAAGGGGCUCAGAAGAGUCUCAGUGAGUGCUAUGUUGAAAGGGUGGGCAUAUUUAUAUGAACCUUCUGCCAAAUUUUACCCUAUGGUUUACAUUUAGAAGGUAUAGGACCUGAAUUCUUAGCUUUUUUAAGUGUUACUCUUUUGUAAGAGUCAACUGGUGCACUUUAGCCCAUUUGGAUAUUUGCUGAGACGAGUUGGCGCUGAAGGCGAGUUCAUAUUAAUACGUCUCUAAAACAAAAGUUGGUAGAUGUUCUCUGCAGAUGCAUGUUUAUUGUGGGCAUGCUAAAUGCCAGCAUUCUUGACAUUCUGUGAUAUUAAAUGUUAAGCAUUCAUGUUGCCAUUUUUGAAAAUUUAAUUUUCACUUCUGAUGCUUUAUAGAGUGGACUGAAAACAUUGUGUAUAUAUGUCAAAAACUUUCACUUUUGCCAGGGAUUGGAACAUGGCAGAUCUUUAUUAAAGUGAAAUAUAUACUAAUGAAAAGCAA